CGGCAACCUUCCAGGCGGACUUUUUCUCUCAAAUCAAGGUUCUCAGUGAUUCCUAGUAUUAUCAGUACAGAGAAGAGGGAAGUGCCACCAGAUAAUUUUAUCUCAGAAGUUAAAACCUUUUCAUCGAAAAAGAUUAUGGGAAAGCAAACUACAAUGGUCGACUUUUUUAAAAGAAAAAAUGCACAAAUUUCAAAAGCCAAUGUUGGUGAUGCAUUAUUGCCAACCCCUAGAGUUGAUAUUCCAACUUUUGAAAAUCCUCCAACAAAAUCUCGAAAAGUAGACGUCAAUGAAAUUGAUAUUAGUUCAUUGGAGCAUGAUCCUGGAUCGCGUCCCCAAAUAUUGGAUUAUGAUGUUAAUCGACGGGAUGAAAUUCGACGAGCUUACAUUAAAGCUGGUCCGUAUCAGCCUACUCUCUCAAAGUACCCAAGAUCUGGAUCAGCAUCCCAUCUUCGCCGCUUUCGACCUUCAUGGUUCAAGCUAUUUCCGUCAUGGCUUGAAUAUUCGCGUGAUAAAGAUGCAGCCUUUUGUUUGCCAUGCUUUCUCUUUUAUAAGCCAUCAGGAAAUCCUACGCACAAUGCAUUCACCGUUUAUGGAUUCAAGAAUUGGAAGAAAGUGAAUGGAAAAGAUUGUGCUUUUCUCACUCAUAUAGGGAAAAAUCCAAAUUCUCGUCACAGAAUUGCCGAGAGGUCGUAUAAUGAUUUGAGGAACCAAUCUCAAUCCUUUCAAAAGGAGUUUGGCAAUGCAAACAACUAGGUUCCAUUUUGAACACAAUUUGGCAUUGUGAGGAUUUCCAAGACACAAGAGUGGUAGA